AGAGGAGGACGGUGGAGGAAGAAGAGGAGCAGCGAUGGCGCUGCGUAAAAGCCUGUUUGCGCCUUUCUCCCCGCUGGAGCAGCGCGUCUGCGGCUCCGCGGAGAUCCGUGACAUCCAUGCGGACAUCCAUGCGGACAUCCAUGCCCUGCUGCAGCCGCGCCCCGCGGACAGCUGCGGCCCCCGCGGGCCCCCGUGCGCCGUCGUGGAGCUGCGUCUGGAGCGGGCGCAGCGGCGGCGGCGUCUGGCCGCCAACGCCCGCGAGAGGAGGAGGAUGCUCGGGCUGAACGUGGCCUUCGACCGGCUGCGCAGCGUCAUCCCCAACCUGGACAGCGAGAGGAAGCUGUCCAAGUCCGAGACGCUGCAGAUGGCGCAGAUCUACAUCUCCACGCUCAGCGAGCUGCUGAUAAGGGAGCCGGGUGGCCCCCAGGGGCCCCCCAGCCCUGGAACAGGGGACCCCGGCACCACAGGGGCACCCAGUCCUGCAGCAGGGGCCCCCGGUCCUGCAGCAGGGGCCCCCAGCAGCACAGGGGCCCCCGGUCCUGCAGCAGGGGCCCCCGGUCCUGCAGCAGGGGCCCCCAGCCCCGAGGAGAGGACGUGGGAGAAACCGCCGCGGCCCAGAGACGCUCACGGACCGAGAGACUGAAAUAUCUUGACUUUCCCCUUUUUUUCCUGUUGAUAUAUUUUUAUAAUCUUCUGAAAAUGCAGUUUUCUUUUCUUCUCACAAAAAAGCUGAAAAAUGAUCCACUUUUUCCUAGUUUUUCUUCACGGAAUCAACAAAGAUGGAGAAAAAAAAAACGUGCAGGAAUUACUGAAA